UGGUCUGCGCACGCGAAGUCACGUACAAGUAGGACCUAUUCCCACGAAGUCGUCACAUUAUGGUAUCGGCCGCCAGAUGUGCUGCUUGGAAGCACUGAAUACUCAACAUCGUUGGAUAUGUGGGGUGUUGGGUGUAUCUUUGCGGAGCUCUGCACAGGUCAAGCGAUCUUCCCCGGCACCAAAGACGUCACGGAUCAGCUCGACAAGAUAUUCAGCGUACGAGGUGUACCGGACGAGUCAAGUUGGCCCCAGGUGAAGGAUCUACCUCAUUAUUCGUCAAAUGCCUUCCCGAAUUACAAGGAGAUUCCGUUCAAGCAGGUGAACAUUCUGUUGACGAAACUGCAAAAAGCUGGGACGGAUUCUGCUCGGAAUGUUUUUGCAGGUAACAAAUUAACAUUUCAUUUGUAG